UCGGCAAGGUCAAGACCCUCGGGCGCCUUCCCCGACCCGCCCCGCCGCCGAGGCGUUCCCGUGGAGCGGCGGGGGCAGGGCGGGGGCAUGCGGGCGCGGCGCAGGGGCGCGGGGUGGCUGUGCGCUGGGGCCCGAGCGGCGCCAGGCCCCGGGCGCCGCGAGGCUCCGGAUGGCGGAGCGCACGUGCGCCGCCAAGCCCGGGAGGUUUGCGCUCCGCUCCCGGCGCUGCAGAGAGGGCGCGGUGCCCGGCGUGAGUGCCGAGAAACCCCCGAAGAGAGCUUUUGACUGGCUGAGGAUGAAGCCCCCGAAGGAACCCGCCCCCAACUACAACAACAACAACGUGUCUUUUGUGAUCCACUGUCAACUAGGCAAGGAGAUCAAACAUAUUUGCAGCAACUGCAGUCGGGGGGAGGCCGCCCGGGACGCCGAGGAAGUGGAGAGGCUGGCGGCGAUGCGUUCUGACUCCCUGGUCCCGGGCACCCACACCCCGCCCAUCCGGAGGAGAAGUAAGUUUGCCAACCUGGGAAGGAUUUUCAAGCCUUGGAAAUGGAGGAAGAAGAAAAGCGAAAAGUUCAAACACACGUCUGCAGCCCUGGAAAGGAAGAUAUCAAUGCGGCAAAGCAGAGAGGAGCUUAUAAAGCGAGGAGUCCUGAAGGAGAUCUAUGAUAAAGAUGGGGAGCUCUCCAUAUCAAACGAAGACGACUCCCUGGAAAAUGGGCAGUCGCUGAGUUCCAGCCAGCUGUCUCUGCCUGCCCUGUCGGAAAUGGAGCCGGUCCCCAUGCCCAGGGAUCCCUGCUCAUACGAGGUGCUUCAGGCCUCAGACAUCAUGGAUGGGCCAGUGUCUGAAGACAGUCCCUCUGCCACUGAGUCUGGAGUCCUUCUGUCCCAAGAUCCUUCAGCCAAACCAGUCCUGCUCCUGCCCCCCAAAAAACCUGCUGCUUUCUCUGGAGACCAUGAGGAGACCCCAGUGAAGCAGCUGCCCCUUCUCAAGCAACCCCCGGCCCUGCCUCCCAAACCCACUGCCAGGAUUGCCAGCCACUUAACAGAUCCUGGCGCCCCUGUGAAAUUGCCUUGUCUGCCAGUGAAACUCUCGCCUCCGCUACCUCCAAAGAAAGUCAUGAUCUGCAUGCCCGUGGGGGGGCCCGAGCUCUCGCUGGCAUCCUACGCAGCCCAGAAGAGUGGCCAGCAGGGUGUGGCCCAGCACCACCACACGGUCCUGCCCUCCCAGAUCCAGCAUCAGCUGCAGUACGGCAGCCACGGGCAGCACCUCCCCUCCUCCACCGGCUCCCUCCCCAUGCACACCUCGGGCUUCAGGAUGAUAGAAGAACUGAACAAGACGCUGGCCAUGACCAUGCAGAGGCUGGAAAGCUCCGAGCAGCGGGUCCCCUGUUCCACGACCUACCAUAGCUCUGGUUUGCACUCUGCUGACGGUGUCACGAAAGCAGGACCCAUGGGCCUUCCGGAAAUAAGACAAGUGCCAACUGUGGUGAUUGAAUGUGAUGACAAUAAAGAAAAUGUGCCUCAUGAGUCCGACUAUGAAGACUCGUCUUGCCUAUACACGAGAGAGGAUGAGGAAGAGGAGGAGGAUGAAGAUGAUGACAGCUCAUUGUAUACCAGCUCCCUGGCCAUGAAGGUCUGCAGGAAGGACUCCUUAGCCAUCAAACUCAGCAACAGGCCCUCCAAGCGAGAGCUAGAAGAAAAGAAUAUCCUUCCCCGACAGACCGAUGAGGAGAGGCUGGAGCUAAGGCAACAGAUCGGCACCAAGCUCACCCGGCGGCUGAGUCAGAGGCCAACCGCAGAGGAGUUGGAACAGAGAAACAUUCUGAAACCUCGGAAUGAACAAGAGGAACAAGAGGAGAAAAGAGAGAUCAAGAGAAGGCUAACACGGAAGCUAAGUCAGAGGCCCACGGUGGAAGAACUCCGGGAACGGAAGAUCCUUAUCCGCUUCAGUGACUAUGUGGAAGUGGCUGACGCACAGGACUAUGACCGCCGGGCAGACAAGCCAUGGACCCGCCUCACUGCUGCCGACAAAGCUGCCAUCCGGAAGGAGCUCAAUGAAUUCAAAAGCACUGAGAUGGAAGUUCAUGAGUUGAGUAGACACUUAACAAGGUUCCACCGACCUUAACAGUCAAUUUCCUCUUGAGUGCUAUGCUGUCUUCAAAACAUAAAUUUAUAAGAACCAUAAGUGCUGGUAUUUAUUCACUUCCCCAUUAUGAUAUAAAUCUUCUAAACUGCCUUUUUAAAAAAAAAAAAAAAGAAAAAGAAGAAGAAGAAAAAUAAAAGGAAACACAAUGAGGA